GCUCAUUCUAUUGGGCACAAACAUGGCAAUUACUUUAUCUUGAUCUUUUUAUUUCGGUUCAGACUGCAUAAACCUCCUAGAUAAUAAUAUCGCGCUGCCCGCUUCAAGCGACGCAACAACAUUGACGGAUCUCCCACCCCGCCAUUGUGUCACGAUCAACCCCAUUAUUGGAGUCGAGAUUUAGCCAGGACUGCAGGAGUGACUCGAACAUCGAAUGAUCAUUCGAUGGAUCAAGCUGUGGAGGACCGUUGAUGGCCAGUGAUCCGCCAUCCCCGGCAGACUAAAUGAUGGCAUCGACAGAUUGGCUCAGGCAAUAGAUGAUGAUUCAAGCUUGUUGUCCCCUCCAACUCUGUGCAAGGCUUCAAAUUCCCUGGCUGCCCGCGCUCGGUCUCCUGCGGUAACUGUUGCUGCUGCUGCUGCUCCCGCUCAGUUCUCCCCCAGCUGCUGCAUUCCUGCGCUUUUGCCUUUGCUUCUCGUUCAAUGUCUUUUGCAUCGUCGCUGCGCGUGUUGCUUUGCAUUUCUUCUUUCCGUCGCCUUAUCUUCUCUCCUGCCGCUUGUUCCUGAUCUUCUUUGCUUUUCCCUUGGUCGGUUUCUGCAUCGUCCCGUGUUAUUGAAUUCUUGGUGUUGCUAGACACGAUUUAGACAUGGCUCGCAUCGCUCAGGCGCCUGCAAUUUUCGAUGAUGCCUCUCGCUCUCCCACCAAAACCUCUGUCUUUCGAUCACUCCUGUCCUCCAAGGGCCACAAGCGGAACCAGUCCGCCGACGACGCUUCCCGCUCACAGCCCUACACGAGCCAGCCCUCGACUAUCUCUCUUGCCCCAGUGGAACAGAGUCCGACCCCGGCCACAUCGGCUCAGCAACCGCUCGGCGAGAUUGUUCCCAACCACGAUGCGCCAGACAAUGGCAUGUUCUACCCUGUUUCACCGACAAAGCCCGGGAAGGGAGGCUUGCACAAGAAGACUAAGAGCGCCGUCUCUCUAAAGUCUCUCAGGAACUACAUGGAGCGCAAGGACAGCAAGCCGGAGAAAGCAUUUGACGACCCAAGCAACGCGCCGAAGAAGGCCAAGUCGACGAAUAGCUUUACCGCUAUCUUGAAACGGUCCCAACACGGAAGGAAAGCGGAGGAACCAAAAGGGAUCCGCGACAAGGAGAACAGGAGUCCCAUUGAUCCUACAGACACCUUGCCUUCUCCGAUCUGGGCUCAAUACGAGACGACGUCGACCUCAACGCCGACGCCAUCAUUCCGCGAUGAUGCCCCCUCCCCAGCGCGAAGCAACAGGCGACGAACCCUGCAAGAGGAGGUCUCGCUGUACACCCCCAAAGGUUACUCGCCGGCCCAACAACGGAAUUUCUAUGACUUCCACCAACCAUCCCUGACGAGCCGCAACAAUCCAAAGCCGCGCCCAAAGUCGGACUUUUUUGUAGGGGGCAGCAAGAUGAAGGAUCUGUUUGGUCCUUUCCAGUCAAGCAAGCAGACUUCGAAUGAUCUGCCAGGGUCCCCCUCGUCGUCCAAGAUGGUUCGCGGGCGGCCUCGUGGACUUUCGAGUCCUGAUGCUCGUCCCGAACUGGACUUGCAGCCGCCAGCUAGCCCAAAGAAAGCCUCACGGGUGCAGGAAGUCAUCUCGGCAUUCAAUGCGAAGGAACGUGAAGCUGACCUGCAGAAGCGGCUUAAUGCGAAGGAUCUUGAGAGCGAGUUUGAGAAGCUUCUUGACGCAAGGAACAUCCCACACAACAUGAGGGACAAGAUGAGGUCGCUCGAUACCAACAUCAAGGCUGACUUUAUCGAGAAAGACAAGAUUGAGAGUGCUGGACCCCACAGCGCCGGAGCGAGUUCGUAUGCAGCAGAAGGCUCCGGGCGUCGAGGACGUGGAAAGGAAAAGAAGGAAGACCAUGACAGCUACGACAGCAAGGGGUCCCGAUCACGAUCCAGAAGCCGUGGGUUCACAUUCCGAGGCAACUCGUCAUCGCCCUCGAAGAAGCCACGGCCCGAGAGUGGAGGCUCUCACCGGCGCCCUAAGUCUGCGGAUUUCGGUACUCCCAACGGGCUGUCCAAGAUACUUACACCUUCCACGUCUACCACUUCCCUCGCCACGACUGCACGUCAUGAUACAGCCACAGAUCCCUCGGACUUUGUCCACUAUCUCAAGGAGAUACGGAAGCCUGAAAUUAUCGAGGUUGGCAAAAUACACAAGCUUCGGAUUCUUCUUCGGAAUGAAACUAUCAGCUGGGUUGAUAGCUUUAUUGCUGAAGGGGGCAUGGAUGAGAUUGUACAGCUGGUUUACCGUAUCAUGAAGGUGGAGUGGAGGGAAGAGCACGAAGACAACCUUCUUCAUGAAACAUUGCUAUGCCUAAAGGCCCUUUGCACAACAUCCGUCGCGCUACAGCGCUUGACCAGCAUUGAAGCGGAGCUCUUCCCUGCUUUGCUGAGCAUGUUGUUUGACAAGGACAAGAAAGGGCCCAGCGAGUUCACCACUCGUGGCAUCAUCAUCAACCUAAUAUUUACUCAGCUCUCGACGGCAGUGUCUAGCGAAGAUGCAGCAGUCCGUGCCGGGCGAAUCCUAUCAUAUCUCAAAGAUCCAGCCGAAGAGAACCAGCCCCUCUCAUUCAUCGCGAACAUAUAUCAAUCGCGCCCAUACCGAGUCUGGUGCAAGGAAGUAACAAACGUGACCAAAGAGGUAUUUUGGAUUUUCCUGCAUCACCUCAACGUGAUACCAGUCGUGGAAUCCGACAAGUCCUCCUCUGAGAGUUAUCGUGAGCGCCACUUUCCGGCGCCUCGACCACCCGUCCCUGCUGCGCCCUACGUCGGCGGGGUGGAGUGGGACGCGACUAAUUAUCUUGCAUCGCAUAUCGAUCUCCUCAACGGGCUCAUCGCAUGCUUGCCCACAGCGGAGGAGCGCAACCAGCUCCGGUCAGAACUCCGCGCAUCAGGGUUCGAAAAGGUCAUGGGCGGCACCCUCCGAACCUGCAAAGAGAAAUUCUAUUCUUCCGUCCAUGACUGUCUCAGGACCUGGGUCUCUGCGGCAGUAGAAGACGAGUGGCCACAUCUUACGGUCCGCGAAGGCCCACCAAGACAGGACAGGUCCCCGCCAAAGUCUCCCAUCAAAGCGAGCCCUAAAAAGAGCGCACUGGCCGACGCCCCCCCAAAACUAGACCUAGCCCUCAACCUCCCUCCCAAAAACGGGGUAUCUCAAUCAAACGAGCCGAUUGGGAACUGGCUAUGAGCUUAUUUUUCUCCUCAACGCGCCCCCCGCUCUGCUUGUCUCCUCCAUAAACAUCAUUUAUCAAGAACGCCCACCUCAACUCUCCUCCCACCCUCACUUACUCCCAACAUUUGCAUUACCUUGUCGUUCUACAGACCUCAGACUGUUAUUUUGGGUAUCUCAAACCUUUCCGGCGUUGGCAUUUUGGCGUUUUGGGUGCAUCCGUGAAUCAUUCUCAUCAUCAUAUUCAACUCUCUCCUUCGUUUUUGGCCACGGCGAAAUGAUCUUAUGAAUAACGGGGCUGUUUUUUUUUUUCCCCCCUUUUUCUCUUCUUCUCUUUUCCAGGCAGACUUGAUCAGUUCUGAAACGUUCGUUUUUGCUAUUGUUGCAUGCAUGCAUCUCAGACCGGCCUUGACUGAUUAUUGUAGUACAGUACAGACAGACAAACGAUGAAUGAAUUGAACUGAUAGGGUUUUCAAUAAAUCUGUGUAUAGGGUUGAAUUACCAGCGUAUAUGAAGGCCUCGAGAUUGUCAACUACUCGAUCCCCAGGUGUAUAUGUCUAGUCGACCCUUUUAGAUCACUAUGCACCCUGCUUGACUCUUGCAUCAAGUCUGGUAUGUUUAAAUGUAGUUUGUUGACAUAAUGUACAUAAUAUACAGUAUAUACGAGUGGAUUCAUCUCAUAUCGCCGCUAAAUGCGCAGAGCACAAUCUCCUCCCUUUCUAAGAUCAAUCCUUAACUGAACGGUCAGGACGCCUCAUCGAAGCCGGAGACGGAGGCGCCGAGAAAGCAUCCUUGAUAGAGCCGAAAAUAUAUGUGCGGAACUACAAGACAGAUUAGCCAAUAGACCACGCAAUGAAAUAGAACACAAUGGGAACUUGGUAACCUACCUCCUCGAUAGGAGUCGCCCCCCUCUCAUCCCACUCCAUGAACAGUAGCGCGUAUAUGAUGACAACUGCACAACACGAAAAAAAUAGGUCAGUCAGUCAAGUUCCCUUCUUACACAAACAACAACGCAAGCCAACAAAGAAAGAAAACUACGGAAGAAACAUACACGCAAUCGCACCCCCCUGCGCCAACUUGGUCGCCUUGGUCCACUUCGGCCGCGCAUACUUGAGCGCCGCGCGCCGGCGGUAUUUGCGCUCGAGCCGGAACUGGUGUUUUGGGCUGAGCUUUGUCAUGUCCGGUGGCCAGGUGCGUUUUGGCUUGUAAGGGCUGUAGUAGACUUCUGAGGAGGAGGAGGGGGGUUCUUCUGGGAAUUCAUGCGAGGGUUGUGAUUGUUGUUGUUCGGCGGGAUCUGCGGGUUCCGUGCGGGCAGGGGUAGGUUGCGUUGUGAGGCGGAAAGGGGAGUUCGAUGUUGAGGAGUUGCGGAGGGGUGUCUGAGAGGAAAUGGCGUGUAUUGAGAAGAGGGGGCUCUAUGGUUGAAUUAGUGGCCUGUAAGAUACUAGUGGG